AUGGCUGCACCGCCAGGCGCAACAGGUGUACCAGCACCACCACCACCACCACCGGCUGGCAUCUACCAGUUCGUCGACCCCCUAAACCCCUGGCGCCAUUUUGCAGACCUUAUGCUAGACACCUUGUCGGAGAGAGAGAUCGCCGACGUGCUAAAGCAGCACCCCACAUUCGCAGGCUACGUCGUUGUCGUGUACGGACGCAGGCGCUGGAGCAACGACGGCUGGCUAUGUCUGCGAAACACGCAGGAAACAGAGACAUGGCACCGCGAGCGAGAUCGCGAGGAUCAACUAAAGCUGCAGCUGUGGGAGCUCGCUGAACAACGACGACCGCUCCUCGGGACCGCAGCUGCGGCCCCCUUCACCCAGAAGCUCCUCUGGGUGCAGAUUGAGCUCGAGAAUAUCAAGCGGCAGUUCCUGCUCCGGACGCUGCGGGGCGUUGUCGCGAACCAGAUGGCGUAUAGCGGGCUCGCCGACCUCGCGCAACCAACCCCACUACAGCUGCAGUAUAUCGCCUGGCGCGCGUAUAUCUUGCAGGAUCUGGCUGCGCGUAUCCGCGACUGCGACGGUGAGCUUCGAGACCUGUUCCUGAGGCUUGUAGCCACAGGACCAAACCCCGCAAGGCCCAAUCGUCCGGUCCGGCUCACAGCGCGGAACCUUCCAGGCUUCUACCCCUCAGUCCGAGCAACAACCAAUCUUCGGCGCUACCCUUGCCUGAUCGACAAGCUCGUCGAGCGCGACUGCGUCGACGCCCUGCGCUUCCUCCGCUGGCUCGGUGUCUUCACACCCGUCUCCUACACCCGGCAGGGCCACACCAUGCUGCACGAGGCACUCGCGAGAGAAAGGCGGCUGGCCACCCGUUACCUCAUCCAGUCGUACAUGCCGAUCGAGAUCUGGAGACGGCCUUACGGCACCCUCUGCCUGCAGCAGAAUCAGGCCACGCCCAGCGACCUCGAGUACCUCGUGCAACAUGAGCGCUUCGCGGAAUUCAAGCGCAUCUGGCAGCGCAUCUACCCGGUCUUUGCAACCCUCCCGCCCGCACAGCAGCCGCUUGGGGUGGAGAUUUUCCGAACGGGAAAUCUGCACGACAUCCUCGCCACAUGGGCGAACCGGGCCUUCGCCGAGGAGCUCGCGGCGCCGCCGCUGAAUCUCGACCUUGGGGCAAUCGUGCCGUGGGCACACAACCACCGGAUUGCGAUCCAGGGCGGGACGGUGUGGCAUCUCGCGGUGCUCAACGACAAUACCGAUUUCCUGGACUUUGUCUGGCGGGUUCCCGCGAAUAAGGCUACAAUCGAACUUGACAACCAAACGGGCCCACCCUACCGUACGCCGCUGGAGCUGGCGAUCCAGCACGACCAGAGGGACCAAGCGGCGCGACUCAUCCAGUACGGCGCCACCGUCACUCGAACGCACAUAGAAGACAUAAACAAAGGUCUCCCAACGACGCAGGACCGUCUGUGGCAGACGCUCUUGCACUCAACGAGCACCGAUCUUCGCGUUGGAGCGGGGACGAUCGAGGGCGGGUGGCUGCACGACAUUGUCAACGGAUUGAACGACCACAUCACGCGGAUCAACCAGGAUCCGGACCUGGCGCGGGCGCAGAAGACGAAGGAGAAGAGGUUGUAUGUCGGGCGCGCAAAGUCGUUGAUUCAGAAAAUCACCGCGGGGACCCUGUAUUCGAUGCCGGUUGAUAGAAACAUGCAGGAUGCGGCGGGGUUGACGGCGCGGGCGCUUGCGGAGCAGUUUGCAUUGUCGAUGACUGUUAUUAAUGUGUUGUGA